AGUGAAACAAACAUGCAGUCGACACACUGAGAUGACAGAGGGCGUGUGUUUGAAGCCUCAGUAAACCUUCAGUAGCGCUGCUGGAAGAGGCACGAAACGUCUGAGAAAUCAUGGCGAAGACUACUAAGGAUCAUCUGCAAGAUGUUUUUGAUGAUCUGGGGGAGGCAGGUCAGAAAAAGUUUAAAGGCAAAUUGUGUGACCGGAAGGUAGAGCCGCGCGUACGACGAGCUGCAAUCGAAAAAGCUAAAGACUCCAUUGACCUCGCCGAUUUAAUGGUAAACACUUUCACAACGAGUGGGUCGGUUCCUGUAACAGUCGAAAUUUUAGAGGCUAUUGGCUUUAAUGAACAAGCGACGGACCUUAAAAAGAACACAGGACAAGGUUUAUCUGUGGCCCCGUCACCUGUGGAUGUAGUAGAUUCAGGAGCAGGUCAGAGUCCAAAGGUCAAGUUUGCUCUGUCAGAUGAUUGGCAUACACAAUUGCGUGUUACUCCAUGCAGCCAACAACUUAAAAACACAAUCAUAAGCAAACAUGGAUCAGAGAUUUACGACGUGAAAGACAAGUCUGUGAGGAAACGUCUAGCCCUGCUUAUCAACAACAUAGAUUUUGAUCAUAAGGAAAUGACAAGGAGAGGAGCAGACAGAGAUGAAGAAAACAUGGAAUGGCUGUUAAAGGAGCUGGAUUAUCAAGUUGUCAAACACAGAAAUCUGUCUGCAAAGGACAUGGAGGGAGCAGUCAAGGACUUUGCUCAACGUCAAGAACAUGCAUAUUCAGACAGCACCUUUGUGGUUAUCAUGUCCCAUGGGAAAAGGGAUGCCAUAUUGGGUGUCCAUUAUACAACAUUGAAUCCCUCCGAUGCCUUCCCGGUUGAUAAAAUCUACUAUUAUCUGAACGCUGAGAAUUGCCCAGGUCUGCGUAAUAAACCAAAGGUUAUUCUUCUUCAAGCCUGCAGGGGAGGGGAAACAGGACGUGUGUGGGCCAGUGACGGUGUGCCUGAUGAGCCAACGGAAAUAGAGGGCGAUGACUUUGUGCACAAGGAGAAAGACUUCAUUUCUCUGAUGUCCUGCACCCCGGACACCAAAUCUUACAGGCAUGUUCAGAAUGGAACAUUUUAUGUCCAAAACCUGGUGGAUGUGUUAAUGAAACAUGCACACGAGGAUCACAUUGAGGAAUUGUUCAGGAAGGUUCUUAGACGCUUUGACAACUCAGAUAUGAUGGGGUGCUAUAGACAAAUGGCAUGUAAAGACAGAGCAUCGCUGCCAAAGUUGUUCUACCUGUUUCCCGGCCUCUGAUAUACAAGUUAUACAUGUUUUGACUCCUUAUGUUUUUACUCCUGUUAAUUUUAGAUACCCUCAAGUGCCUUUGCAUCUGAGGCCUGAACAUGUCUGAAAAAAAAUGUAUUGGAAAUAAAUUGCUGGCUUAGAUGCCUUUUCUCUGGAGAGAAAACCUGUUUUAUACAUAAAAGAACAUAAAAGAAAACAUUGUCUUUUUGUUGUGUGUUAUAC